UCAACGGGAAACUGAGAACACCGGAGUCAACAGAUUGCCGUCACCAGUCUUUUGAACACACCUGACUGGAUUUUUUUUUUUUUUUAUGUGAUUUGGUAUGCGCUAAAUAAUUUUAGAUUUCUCUGAAGAGACAACACUGACCGGUAAAGUUGACAGGGCAAUUAAAACCAUAAUAGGAUAGUUACAGGGGAUAUUUAUAGGAGUUAGCUGUAGCGAAGUUGAAUCAAGUGUGUUCUGUGUUAUAAGCCGCACUGAAUAUAGAUCAGACUGUGUGGAGGUUUCCGUGCUCUGGACGGGCAGGUGUGUCGGUGGUCCUGAUCCGCUCCGCUUUUACGCGGCACUUACCGGGAGGACAGCAGGAGUCAUCGCUUUGUUGUGGUGAGUUUCUCACGGCUUUCUACCCCCCGUGAGCCGCCGCCGGUUGACAGCGAGUCGGCGUGAACAUGCUACAAAAUGGAAACGGAAAGGAAAACCCGGGGCAAGCUCCAAAGGCUGAUGAUGAGGCAGAGUCGGACUCCGCGGCUGUCGAGCCGAAAGAGGACCAGCCCGUCCCUGCGGACACUGACAAGAAGGACGCGGUCACCGAGUCCACGCACUUCCCCAUGCCCGUUUACCCUAAACUGGAGAUAAAGCGCAAUGCAGUGACGGACGAUUAUAAGAUCUCCAGUCAAGUUCUCGGCUUGGGAAUCAAUGGCAAAGUCCUUGAGUGCUUCAACAAGAAGACUGGAGAGAAGUGCGCACUGAAGAUUCUCUACGACAGUCCCAAAGCGAGACGGGAGGUGGAGCUUCACUGGCAAGUGUCGGGAGGGCCGUACAUUGUUCGCAUUCUGAACCUCUACGAGAACAUGCAUCACGGCAAGAAGUGCCUGCUCAUCAUCAUGGAGUGUAUGGAGGGAGGAGAGUUGUUCAGCAGGAUCCAGGCCAGAGGAGACUCGGCCUUCACUGAAAAAGAGGCGUCUGAGAUUAUGAGGGACAUCGGCACGGCCAUCGAGUUUCUGCACAACAUGAACAUCGCUCACAGAGACAUUAAGCCAGAGAACCUGCUGUACACCACUAAAGACAGAAAUGCCAUCCUGAAACUAACAGACUUUGGCUUUGCUAAAGAGACUACACUACACAACUCUCUGCAGACCCCCUGUUACACACCAUACUACGUGGCUCCUGAGGUUUUGGGUCCGGAGAAGUAUGACAAGUCAUGUGACAUGUGGUCUCUGGGCGUCAUCAUGUACAUUCUGUUGUGCGGCUUCCCCCCGUUUUACUCCAACACAGGCCAGGCCAUUUCUCCGGGGAUGAAGAGGAGGAUUAGAAUGGGCCAGUACGAGUUCCCUAAUCCUGAGUGGUCUGAGGUUUCACAGCAAGCAAAAGAUCUGAUCCACCUGCUGCUGAAGACAGACCCCAACGAAAGAAUGACCAUCGCCCAGUUUAUGAACCAUCCCUGGAUCAAUCAGUCCAUGGUGGUCCCCUCCACUCCGCUGCACACCACCCGGGUGCUGACUGAAGAAAGAGAGCUGUGGGAGGAUGUGAAGGAGGAGAUGACCAGCGCUUUGGCGACCAUGCGCGUGGACUACGACCAGGUGAAGAUCAAGGAUCUGGACACGUCCAGCAACCCCCUGCUCAACAAGAGACGCAAGAAGGCCGCUGCAGGCGCCAAGGGUGGGUCCACAGUCUGUCAGAGCCAGUGAGACAAGGAAGCGCCUCAGUGGUACAACCAGGCGGAACCUGCCAGCGACGAUGAAGAGCAGCUCGCAGCGAAGAGGAAAAUGGGAAUUCAUUGUUUUAAAGAGCUGGUCGGGACUCUUGAGAGACCAGACGUAAAGCAACUCGCAUCCCGAAUUAAAGGGACAAUUUAAAAAAAAAAAACACCAGUGUCAAAGCUGGACAUUAAUGGGACAUAUCAUAUGUGAUAUCACCUGUUUCCUGUCAGUGGUAGAAAUCGACAGCUCCGGCCACUGUCUGUUUUUAAUCAUUUUAAUAAUGUAUGUCAGUCAUUUUUUUGAGCUUGCCCGUUUGUAAAAAAAAAGUAUGUGCAGUGGUAACGUUUUCUGUAUUGGAAUGCCUGUUUGACCUCUCUUUGCAAAUAUGCAUUAGUGUGCAGAUCACACAAAGACAAAGAAACCAACCGUGGACAGACUGUGAAACCAGAACACUCAUUGCUACCUGUGUCGUCUUAAUGUCGUCCCUCUUUCCCUGACUUUCUUUCAGGGGAAAAAGUCUAACAUGGCGUCUUAAAUAAAAUGUAGCCUCCACA